AUGUUUUAUUUCCACUGUCCGCCACAGCUAGAGGGCACUGCGCCCUUCGGCAACCACUCCACCGGAGAUUUUGAUGAUGGGUUUCUGCGCAGAAAACAGCGCCGGAAUCGGACGACAUUUACUCUUCAGCAGCUGGAAGCUCUCGAGGCAGUUUUUGCUCAAACGCACUACCCCGACGUCUUCACCAGAGAAGAGCUGGCCAUGAAAAUAAACCUCACAGAAGCCCGAGUGCAGGUGUGGUUCCAGAACCGAAGGGCCAAAUGGAGGAAAACAGAGAGAGGAGCCUCUGACCAGGAGCCAGGAGCCAAGGAGCCCAUGGCAGAGGUGACACCACCGCCCGUGAGAAACAUCAAUUCCCCACCCCCUGGGGACCAGGCCCGCAGCAAGAAGGAGGCCCUGGAGGCCCAGCAGAGCCUGGGACGAACUGUGGGUCCCACAGGACCUUUCUUUCCCUCCUGCUUGCCGGGGACCCUCCUGAAUACGGCCACGUACGCCCAGGCCCUGUCACAUGUUGCCUCCCUGAAAGGGGGCCCACUGUGCUCCUGCUGUGUCCCGGACCCCAUGGGGCUCUCCUUCCUCCCCACCUACGGCUGCCAGAGCAACCGCACGGCCAGUGUGGCCGCCCUGCGCAUGAAGGCUCGCGAGCACUCGGAGGCUGUCCUACAGUCGGCCAACCUCCUGCCGUCCACCAGCAGCAGCCCCAGCCCCGCGGCCAAGCCGGCGCCCCCUGACAGCAGCCAGGACAAGACCCCUCCUGCCAAGGAACAGAGCGAGGGUGAGAAGAGUGUAUGA